UGCGAGUUUCAGCUUGGCCUUCUCAACACACGGAGGACAGACCAAAGCACCGACAUCUCCCAGCACCCUCUCCCCGCCCCAUGGUAGACCUCCGUUAAUCAUCGCCUUAGCCAGGAAUAUGAGCACGUCUACAGGCUCCUCGGAAAGCACGGGGCUGAAUCCUGCUCUGUCCGACCCGGAGCGCUGGCUGAGAUUGCCCGCCGUCCAGGGCUACGAGCCUCAACGGGUAAACAACAUGCUGCUUCUCUGCCCCGCUGCGCCCAAGAGCCGGGGAGGCGUUCAGACAGUCACGGCUGGACCCGCGAAUCAACAGGUCAUAUUCUUCCCGGGAGAUGUACAGAAUUUCCACAAGGUGAUGUCCUCGCACCACGAGAACCAGCAGUGGCAGCGCUGGAGCCUGGAGAACGUGGCUGAGCUGCUGUCGAGGCGUUUCGAGCUGACCCCCUUCUUGGCGAGCAUCACGGACAUGUACUGGCUGGACGGAGGACAUCCUGGGGGUAGCAGUACCUGGGUGACCAGCCAGGAGGCGCACCUGGCCUCCAGCGGCAUCGGCGUCCACUCGCACGUCACACCCUACGAGGUGCGUGACCCCAUGCGGGCCUGGGUCAGGAAGGAGCACAAGAGGUUUGUGCGGGCGCUCCAGGAGCUGGGGGUCCCCAUUGUGGACAAACUGCACUUUGAAAACCAGCUGCCCUCCCUGGAGCAACACUUCCGCGUGCUGGAGGAGUUCUGAAGAGGCCAAGACAAUAAUUCCAUUUACCUCGCCACGCACAUCCAUUCGCUAUGUAGGUCAUUAUCUGCUUUAGUGGCACGAAAACAGUGACCAAAUGUCUGCCCAAAUUAACACACAAACAUGUUUAUUAAAAAAUAGAAAACCACAUUUCAGAUUAAAGUAUACCAAGAACACCAGUUAGAAAACACCAAUAUACAUUAUAAAUCUAGAAAUACUAAAAGAAACUAAAAUUCAAUGACAAAUACUUUGACAAAAAGCAAACCAAGAACCGUCUAAACCUAGAUGUCUUCUAAAGGAAAAUCCAUGUGUCCAAAACCCUGUGUGGGGAAUGGAAGCACAUGGCGAGGGAGCUGUAUGGCAUGAUCUUGUUAGCUACAACCUCAAGAACACUUCAGUUAUACUGUGUAUUGUUUUUUUAAAUCAGUUUGCUGGUAUUGUAAAUGUUGGUAACACUGUCUCCAUUCUAAGGCUGCUAUCCACUCCCCUGCUCUGAAGCACUUUGUUCUCUGAAUGAGAUUAAACAUUCCAUGAUUACUCUAGUAAACUUUAAAGCACACACACGCUAUGCAGACAAACUCUCAUUGACCCAUUUGCUCUUAUUUAGAGACACAUGCAAGACAAGCCCAAUCUCAUAAAUCUGCUGAUCAUUGUCGAAUGGUGUUUACCCACUCGAGUUCUUAUUUAUUAUUUUUUAAAUGAAUUCAAAGAGAAGCACAAAACUUCCUGCAGUCCACCUCGCCAUUAGCAGCAAGGUGGGGGAGGACUUUGCUGUUCUUAUCUGUUCUUUCUAGCUCUGCAAAUGUAGAGGAAAUUCCGUGUGAUAAGAUUGUCAUUUGGUAAGUUGUGAGCCUGACUCCGGGUGGAGGGGAGGGGCAGAGCAUGUGGGACACAAUAGUAUUCAUUUCCUUCAGUUUGUUGCACUUGGUCCACCCUGGAAGAAGUAUCGGGUAUUUUGAAAAGAAUGCUUUUGAAUGUUUCAAUUGUUCCUCCUGUUUGUGGAGCAGUGGAUAAGUACAGUUUACACUUAAUAUACUGCAAACCUGUGAAGAUCUUCCGACAGGUUAAAAAAAAAAAAAAAAAGGAGCGCGCAUGGGCUUUUAAAACAAAGCCACGAUGAUCUGAACAAAAAGACGCACAGCAGUAAGAAAACUGAAGCAAACCAGUGAAAACUUCCCUUUUUGGUGCGAUUCCUAUUGGGACCUGCUCCAGUUUGCACCAUUUAAAUGAAAGAUAAUAAGAGCUGCAUUUCUGCUGUCUGAAAUACUGUUCUGUUUUCUACGUGGGAAGCAGUCGAGGGCUGAGGGGAGGCGCUGGACUGAGCUGCUGUGGAACCGGCUCUUGCUGCAAUUGCACGCUAUGCUAAGCUGCUUCUCAUUUUUCUUUAAUUCCUUCCAGACUUGCUUCUGAAUAAAAACCUGAUCUGCAGCUUU